AUGGCCUGGCGCGUGCUCUCGUUGGACGGAGGGGGGAUUCUCGGCUACAGUGAACUUCUGAUCUUGGCCAAUAUCUUGAAGGGGAUUCCACAGCUUCAUGGGGAAGAAUCAAAUUCCGGCGAUAUUUGCCCGUGUGACUAUUUCCAUAUCAUCACCGGUUGUGGUAUUGGCGGUGUCAUUGCGUUACUUCUUGGUCGUCUUCGUCUAACACUCGCACAAUGUCUACUUGAAUAUCGCACUCUCUCAACUUGUAUCUUGCGUGAAAGCUGGGGCGGUCCUCUUUUCGAUAGGAACAAGCUACAGGAAGUGGCCGACAGUAUCGUCGAGAGAUACUGUCAUACUCCGUUUGCUCUGCUGCUUGAAGACGAUAUCACAGACAGAGGCAAGACGUUCGUAUUCGCUGUCCAAUCGGACCGUAAACCAUAUUGUUUCCGGACAUAUCCCUGCAGUAACGAUCAGGAUACCGUCCCGAUCCGUAUCUCUGAUGCGAUGGUUGCUCUUCUGUCAGCCCGGGGUCAGCUUGAUGAAGUUUCGAUUGAAACAUCCGAUGGUCCCACUGCGUUUUCUGAUGACUUAUAUCCUUGUGGCCUUCGCAAUCCCAUUCUCGAUGCUCUCAAGGAGGUAAGGGAACAGUGGAGCGACCAGACAAUCGGACUGAUCUUGAGUAUUGGAACUGGGGGCGUACCGCCCAGCGAUAUACCUGAUCUCCUCAGGCUUGGCAAGCUGCACGACCUCAUGAUUCCCUCUUUGAGUGACUUAGUCCUCCCUUGGAAACUGCUCGGUCAGCUGAGACAUCUUGCAUCCAUUGGUACAAUCGAUAGGUCACCCGACGAGGUUAUCGAUAUGCUCGAAGACAACGAACGAUAUAUCAAGAACAAACUUCACUAUAUGGGAUAUGAGGAUAAGUACAAUCGGUUUGAGAUAGGGCCGGUGCAAGACACGGGACCGAACGACUUUCGAAGUGUGAAGGAAACCGCAGAUGAAACAGGUCGCUAUUUGAGUCAGCACUCGGAGAGAUUGGUCUCAUUGGCGACUCAACUACAAGGUGUUGGUGUCAGCCACUAG